CAGUCUCUCUGGCCUGGGUGCCGCUGCGGACAGCUGCAGAAACGCUUGCACAUGUGACCCGCACACAGGAAGGAGAGAAGAGUCCCGAAUGAGUCAGAGAGAUUCCUCCUCAAAAUCCUCCUCGGGUAAAAGACAUGUCGAGCAAGCUGUUCAAUCUCUGUCAGUACGAAACCAACAAACUGGUCCGGAUAAGGAGCGUGAGACUGGGCUCGCUGAAAUGGACCCUGAACGGGCUGAUUCUGAUGUUCAUCUGCGUAAUGCUGCUGUGGAACAAAACAUACCAAGACUUUGACCUGGUGGUGAGCUCCGUCACCUCCAAGGUGAAGGGGGUGGCCCUGGCCAGCCUGCCCGGCGUUGGCCCGCUGGUGUGGGACCACGUGGACUACAGCCCCACUCCUCAGGGGAGGAACUCCUUCUUUGUGGUGACCAACGUCAUUGUGACACAGAACCAAAAGCAGGGGAAAUGUCCAGAGGUGCUCCCCUAUGGCAAAGUGUGUGAAACUAACAAGGACUGUGAGGUAGGAGCCUCGACCCAGCACAGCCACGGGAUCCAGACUGGCUCUUGUGUGAAGUCCGGAUUUAGGAAGACCUGUGAGGUUUCUGCGUGGUGUCCAAUAGAGACCAAGAGAAACCCGCCCAGGCCGGCUCUGCUGGCAGCAGCUGAGAACUUCACUGUCCUGAUAAAAAACAACAUCCGAUUUCCUGCCUUCAACUUCAUCCGACGGAACAUCCUGCCGUGGAUGAAUGACAGCUACCUGAGCCACUGUCAGCGUAGGACUGACCCUCUCUGUCCUAUCUUCCGGCUGGGAGACAUCGUGAAAGAGGCCAAGGAGGAUUUCUCCAAGAUGGCUGUGGAGGGGGGCGUCAUUGCCAUCCAAAUCAAAUGGGACUGCAACUUGGACCGGUGGUUUCAGAGGUGUCUGCCCAAAUACUCCUUCAGACGGCUGGAUGAGAAGGAGAGCAACCGGACGCUUUACCCCGGCCUCAACUUCAGGUUUGCAAAGUACCACACACAAAAUGGAGUCGAGGGGCGAACACUGUAUAAAGCGUUUGGCAUCCGGUUUGACAUCAUGGUGUUUGGACAGGCGGGGAGGUUCAGCUUCAUCCAGCUGAUCAUCUACAUUGGAUCUACGUUGUCCUAUUACGCCCUGACCACAGUGUUCAUCGACUGGCUCAUUGGGACCAGCUGUUACUCCGUGGAGUCCAGACAGAACUACUCGGAGCGGAAGGUGGAGUCGGUCCAAGACAAACAGCAGUGCAUUCUCUCCGUCUCCUAUGUGGAUGAGCCGCACAUCCGCCUGGUGAAAAGGUCACAGAAGAAGAGCUUACAGCUUGUCAAGCCCAUGGCUGUACAACAGCACCAGGAGGACACUGGACACCUGACAGCCAUGCUGGGAGCCCUGCAGCAACGAAACCCACAAGACGAACCCCCCAAACCUGCCAGUGACCCCGGCCCCGACCCCCAGCCCACACCCGGGUCUGGGUCCAGCACAGGGUCUGGGUCCAACACAGGGUCUGGGUCUGGCCUCAGCGAAGACUCCGGUCCCGCUCGCCCAGCCUGGUGUGUGUGCGGCAACUGCAAAUCCUCCUCUCACCCCCAGGAGGAGCUGUGCUGCCGGCACUCUGACGGCCCCUGCAUCACCUCCUCCCCCCUGUUUGAACAGCUGGUGCUCCGUCGGUCCCUCCUAGACACUGUGCUUCUGUACCGUGACCCUUUCAUCGGGCAGCCCACGGAGGGUAUGCAAACUGCCGCCCUGCGCCACUGUGCCUAUGAGCAGUACAUCAGAUGGAGGUUUGGGGUUCCACCACUCGACACGCACCCAGCAAUCCCCAGCUGCUGUGUGCGGAGGAUCCGGGCAGAGUAUCCCUCUCUUGAUGGACAGUACAGCGGGUUCAGGCUGGGUGGAGUGGUGUCCAUGCAGGCCUGUUCAAACGGACGACUCUGAUGGAGAAUGGCUCUUUAUUACCAAAUUCAGAGACUCGCCGACAGACUGACCCACUAACAACACUAACAGUGUUCAGUCCACCUUGACAAAGGGAGGAGACGGAAGCCAGAGUCCUGCACGGGUUCGUCUGUGUACCACAAAGUCCAGCGGACCUGCCGAGAAUUCCGUUUUCACAACAUUUGCCGUCCUGCUGAGCAAAAGAAGAAAGCGGAUGUUGAUUUACUGAGCCAACAUGGAGGCUGAGUGACUGACUGGCUGAUGAAUUUGGUGAAAACACACCCGGUUUUGUUAGUUGAAAAAAAGUAACGCAAACAAGCGACAUGACGCUUAGACGGCCAUCAGCUCCUUAACGUCCCCCUGCGUUUUUCCAUCUCCGGACUGCCAUAGCUCUCCUUUGAUCGUCGUCCGCGUCUCUUUUUUUUUGGCGGAUUCCGAAGAUGAUGCGGUCACCAUGGCAACAUGCUGCAAUCUGCCAUGUGCCGUUGCUUUUGACAACCAAAUCCACAGACGCAUGACGUAUGACAGUUAUCAAAUGCCGACGAGAAAACACCACAUAAGUCCUCAGUCAUUUCACACAAGGGCGUCAGUGGCUAUUUCAACAAAAGCCAAGCAUGAGUGCUACACAUCCGCAGUACAGGAGAUGUGUGUGAUUGAUGGGUUUAGUUUCAUAGGUAUGAAUGUUUAUGGUAUAUUAUUAUUAUCUGCAAACGACCCGUGUAUGUUUUUUGGCCCUCAUUCGUGCCUGUAAGAUUGAACUACAACAGAAACAUAGCCGCUAGCUGUAUGUGAUGUGGGCUGCUGCAGGACUCUGGCGGCUCUUAUCCGGACUGGGAGUGAGACUUUGAUAGUCUGGCCGGUCAGUUUUGGGUCAUUGGAGGAUAGCAAGUGUAAAGAAUUGCCUCUUAUUAACAUCAACAAAUCACCACAUUUUCAAAGAGCCCCUUUUUUCCAAGUCUCUUGGCCAAGUCUCUUGUACAUGAAAAAUAAAACA